AUGAAUAAUAUAUUUCAUGGAAACAACGAUGAAUAUGCAAACGAAGGUACUCUGAGUUCUCAAAAAAUCUCCUUGAAAAGUCCAUUCGGUAAGAAGAAGAACAUAUUCAAAAAUGUCCAGACAUUUUUCAAGUCCAAGAGUAAACAUUCGCCUGCCAAUGAUGAUUUGGUUAAUGAAGACCAUCUUUCAUUCCAUAACUCUCCACUAUUGACUGGAUCCAGUGAUCAUGAAAUAGAUAUUCCUUCACCAACGAUAACACAGUUCGAUCGCCAUGGUGAGCACGAUGAAAAUGAGGAUGAUGAUAUAGUAUUAAAUAUGCAUUUUGCUUCUCAAUCUUUACAAAGUCCAACCAGGAAUUCAUCGAGAAGAUCUUUAACUAACACUAAAGAGAAUGACCUAUUAAAUAGGAUCAAAUACCCAAGAAGCCCCCAGAGGUCCAGCUCAUUUUCGAGAUCAAGAUCACUAUCAAGAAAAACGAGUAUGAAUAGUAGUAGUAAUUCCAGCAAGAGGGUACAAAGACAGGAUGGAAAAAUCCCAAGGUCGUCAAGGAAAAGCUCACAGAAAUUCUCACAUAUUUCUCAAAAUUUCACUUCAGUAUCAUCCAGUCCACUGGCUUUCGAUUCGACAAAGGAAAAGUGUUACGAGUCAUGCCUGGGGAAAACACAAAUACCAUAUUACUAUGAUGACCAAAAUUCAAAUGAUUUUUUCCCUCGUAUAUCUCCAGAAACAUUGAAAAACAUCAUGCAGAAUAAUAUAUGCCAGCCAUUUUACAAUUCGUGUUGUAUUGUAGACUGCCGAUUUGAAUAUGAGUAUACAGGCGGCCACAUUAUGAAUUCGAUUAACAUACACUCUAGGGAUGAUAUAGAGAACGAAUUUAUCCAUAAAGUUCUGCAUGGUGAUACUCACAAUAGGAAUAAGAACAACAACAAUCUACCAACUCUACUAAUUAUUCAUUGCGAAUUUAGUUCCCAUCGAGGGCCGCUAUUGGCAUCCCAUUUGAGAAAUUGCGAUCGUAUAAUAAAUCAGGACCAUUAUCCCAAGUUAUUUUACCCUGACAUACUGAUAUUGGAUGGCGGAUAUAAGGCAGUUUUUGAUAAUUUCCCUGAAUUAUGUUAUCCAUGCCAGUACGUUGGGAUGAAUUCGCAGGAAAAUCUGUUAAAUUGUGAACAGGAAAUGGAAAAGUUUAGAAAGGAAUCCAAAAAAUUUGCUACAAAAAAUAAUUCCUUUAGGAAAUUAGCCUCCCCUUCAAAUCCUAACUUCUUCUAUAAGGAUAACCCCCAAUCUUCGAUGACUACAGCAUCGUCAGCAUUAUCAUUUAAAUUUGAACCGCCUCCAAAACUAUCUCUAAAUCACAAAAGAGUUUCUAGUGGUUCGUCAAUAAAUUCAAGUGAAAGUACAGGAGAAGAAAAUUUCUCUCCCAUAUUCAGUAAAUCCUCCAUGAGCAGCAACAGUAAUUUAAGUACUUCUCAUAUGUUAUUAAUAGAUGGCUUGGACAACUCAUCAUAUUUUAGUUUUGAGGAUGACAGAAGCACCAACCGGCAAGCAGAUCAAGGUGAUGAUCAAGGCGAACAGGAUUUUACUUUUGUUGGUUCAGAUCGUGAAGAUUUUCCUAGACCUGCUAGAAGAUCGUUAUUUCCUUCUUUCCAAAACGAUGAGAAAAAUUGA